CAGAAAAGAAUGUAGAACAGCAGCAGAAGGCAAGUAACUUAUAAUCAAUCAUCAAAAGCUGUAACAAGAACAUAUCAAUCAUGUCAGGUGGAAGGAAGACUGAGUUGUUGGAGGAUUACGCUCAAAGUUUGAAUGAGUUGACGUUUAAUUCAGGUCCUAUUAUUGAAAAUUUAACCACUAUAGCUAGGGAAAACUCAGAUGUUGCCGAUGGUAUCAUUGAUACUAUCAGUCAUCGAAUUUCAACUGCUCCAGCUGAACAAAAGUUAUAUACUUUAUACUUAUUGGAUUCAAUUUGUAAAACGGUAGGGAAUCCAUAUAAUAUCUUAGUUGAAGAUCAUUUAGCCAACUUAUUCACUCAAGUAUAUCAACAUAGUAAUGAUCAAACAAAGAAGAAAUUAGUAAGUGUCUUACAAAAUUGGAAAAUUACAAAGGCAAAGGGUACUACCUUACCAUUGUUUGGUAGAAGUGUGUUGAGUGAGAUAGAAGCAUAUUUGGCAAAGUCGGGAGUAAAGCCACCUCCAACUCCUGCUACCAAAAUGAUUGAAGAUAUAAAUGGUUUAAUAAGGAUAUUUGAUAGUAAAUUUCGUGAAAUACCAGAUCCAAAAACUAAAGAUAGGCUUCAAGCUCUUCAUAAUUUAAGAUCAUUACUUUUAAGUGGAUCUGUUCAACCUGGUGAUUUACCCACCAUUCAAUCCACGUUAAAUGAUAUGUCAAAUCAAAUUAAUAGUAGUCAAUCUACCCCUCAACCCAAUGCUGGCUAUAAAGCAGAAACUAUAUUUCAUAAUUUAAUAGAAUCAGGAUUGGUGAAAGUUGAUAGAGAUCCUAUUCCAGGUUCCAAACCCGUAUAUAGUUUACAAUUCCCCAAAAUCAAAUAUAUCAAACCAUCAGCCAUUAAAACUCCUUCUUCAUCAGGUUCAUCAUCAUCCACAUCAAGUAUCUUACAAGAUAUUUUGAAUUCAAAUCUUCAUAAUAGUUUACAUAUCACUGAAUUUGAAAAAGUUAAAUUCGAAGGAUUGGUUACUAUUUCAAAUCAAAUUGCUAAUAGUGAUUUACAAUCAUUUAUAAAUACUAAUAAACCCACAUCUACUGAAUUAAAUCUUUUAUAUGAAGCUAAAUCAUCCAAAUGUUCAAUCUGUGGGAAAAGAUUCACUACCGAUAGUGAAGGAUCCACUAAGAAGCGUCUACAUUUAGAUUGGCAUUUCAGAGUUAAUAAGAAAGUAUCAACUAAUAAAUCAAAUGUUCAAUCUAGAAAUUGGUAUUUAGAUGAUUUUGAAUGGGUUAAAUUCCAAGAUGAUGAAUUAUUAGAAUUUUCUACUAAAGGUGAUAACUCAAGUUCUGGUCUGAAUUCAACUAAUAAAACUAUCAAUGAUAAUGAUAGUAAAUUACUAGAUAUUGUUGCUAAUAAUCAAUAUGUGAAGGUUCCGCCUCGAUCAUCAAAUAUGAAGAAUACUUGUAAUGUAUGUCAUUUACCGGUUCAAGCUGUUUAUAAUGAUGAUAGUGGAGAUUGGGUGUGGUUAAAAUGUAUGAAAGUUCCAGGAGAAGGUAAAAAUAGUCGAAAGAUUGUUCAUGUUGAUUGUUUUAAUGAAACUAAUAAGAGAACUCCUGAAGCUGAAUUACCCAAAUCAAGAGUUAAACGUGAAAGAGUAUAAUUUUGUAUAUAGAUUAAUAUUAAUGAAUGAAUGAACGAAUAGAUUAAUUUAAUAUUGUUAACCCAUUUUCUUCUUCGAUUCAAGUUUGUUCGUAUCUUACAAGUGAAUUAAGUGCAAUAAAUAGAUAUAUAAUCAUAUACA